AUGGACCCCUCCUGGUAUGGCGGUCACAACCCGUACACUCAGGCGCGCAUGCGCGAGCUAAAGAAGCGCGAGCUCGAGUUGGCGGAGAUCCCGCAUCAGGCUGAGCGUCCGCCCUUGCGUGCCUACUAUACCGACCAAGGCCCAUACGGUCCUUCAAAAGCCAACAAACCACCUUUCGAGUCUGGCGAUGUAUCUCGCAGCACAAACAGCGGAGUCCAAGACCAAGACCGUACCCCCGUCGCCGGUCCAUCAAGCUCGGGUCGUCCAGCACUCAAGAGCUUCUACACCGAUCAGGGUGCAUACGGCCCGGGGUACAGCACUGGGCUCAGCAAAGGCGAUACCAUAGCCAAAGUCAGCGCUGGCAGUUCCAAGAAGAAGCUCCAGCCAGUGCCCGAAGAGGACGAAGGAUCGAGCGGCUGUGGCGAUGAUCGUCGGGGGCGCCCAGAUAAGGGCAAAGGCAAGCAAACUGGUUCGAGCUCCUCCGGCAAGGAUGCUGGCAGCGGCUCAUCUUCCUCUUCUCGUCAGACAUCGACCGACGGUGAUGUUCCAGGCGACAAAGGCCGCCCUCAGCUCCAGACGCGUCGCUCUCGUGGCUGGUUCUUCUAG